AUCAAACAAUGAUAAGCUCCUAUCACAAUCCUCCUAAAAAAACUCAAAAGAAGUGAUUUUUUAACCCUUGAGCGAGGUUAAGUUGGUAAGUUCAGAAAUUCCGGCGGCUAAAACCCUAAAAUUCCUGAGGGUUUGAGAGAUUCUGCUGGGGACGGGAGCUUAUAGUACAGACAAGGAUCAUACAAAACGGAAUUAGUUAAAAAAAAAUUGGGCAGAAAGUGCAGAAGAAUGCAAAAUCUCGGAGGAAAACUGCUGCACAGAAUCUCAUUUAAGCAUGUUAUCGGACGCUGUGCUUAUUCUUCCAAACAGGCCUUCGAUGUGGGGCAGCCAACUGCUGCAACACACCCUGAGCUGCUAAAGGAAGAUGAAAUCAUGCCUGGCAUUACUAGUGCAGAAUACAGCUCAAGAAGGAAAAGAUUGUUGGAGCUUCUCCCAGAGAAGAGCUUAGCCAUAAUUGCAGCUGCUCCUGUAAAGAUGAUGACUGAUGUUGUUCCUUAUACGUACCGACAAGAUGCUGAUUAUUUAUAUAUUACUGGUUGCCAACAACCUGGUGGCAUAGCAGUUUUAGGCCAUGACUGUGGUUUAUGCAUGUUCAUGCCUGAAGCAGAACCUCAUGAUGUCAUUUGGCAAGGGCAAAUAGCCGGAGUUGAUGCAGCUUUGGACACAUUUAAAGCUGACCAGGCAUAUCCAAUGAGCAAAUUAGAGAAGAUACUCCCAAACAUGAUUGGGAGGUCCUCCAAAUUGUUCCAUAGUACGAGGACAGCUGUUUCAACUUAUAUGGGUUUGAAUGCUUUUCAAAAAGCAAAUUACAGUGGCAAAGUGGAUGAUCUUACUAGCUAUACCCAUGAGUUACGGUGGAUAAAAUCACCUGCAGAACUUAACUUAAUGAGAGAAUCCGCAUCAAUUGCUUGCCAGGCCCUUUUGCAAACAAUGCUUCAUUCCAAGGCAUUCCCUAGUGAGGGACAGUUAUCAGCUAAGAUUGAAUACGAAUGCAGAAUGAGAGGUGCCCAAAGAAUGGCAUUCAACCCUGUGGUUGGUGGUGGGUCAAAUGCUAGUGUCAUACAUUAUUCACGAAAUGAUAAGAAAAUAAGAGUUGCAGACCUUGUUUUGAUGGAUGUUGGAUGUGAGUUGCAUGGUUAUGUUAGUGAUCUUACUCGGACCUGGCCACUACGUGGUAGCUUUUCGGCUGCUCAAGAAGAGCUUUAUAAUCUUAUUUUAGAGACAAACAAGGAAUGUGUGAAGCUUUGCAGUCCGGGCACUAGCAUUCAGGAAAUACAUGACUAUUCGGUUGGCAUGUUGCAGAGGGGAUUUAAGGAGAUUGGCAUUUUGAAAGAUGGUCGAAGCAGAAACCAAAGUUACCAUCAGCUGAACCCAACUAAUAUAGGUCACUAUCUAGGAAUGGAUGUUCAUGAUUGUUCUUCAAUUCGUUAUGGCCGCCCUUUGAAGCCAGGUGUUGUGAUAACAAUUGAACCAGGAGUUUACAUCCCUUCUUGUUUUGAUGGUCCAGAGAGGUACCAAGGCAUUGGAAUAAGAGUUGAAGACGAAGUCCUUAUAACAGAAACAGGUUAUGAGGUCCUUACUGGGUCGUUGCCAAAAGAAAUCAAACACAUCGAGUCCUUGUUGAACAACUACAACCCUGGAAUUGGAAUGGAUAGCCAGAAUAUUAUGAGAGCUGCAUCAAGCCUGUGAUCCCCUUGUUCUCUAAAUUCAAGAUGAGGAUUAAUCAACCGAGGAUACUGCUGAGAAGGUGCUCUUCACGUUGGUUUUAUUUCAGAAGGUGAGAGCUCGAUAUUGUUUAUUCUUCCAAGGCAUUUCACAAUAUGCAUUGUACUCCAUUUUGGGAUUAGUCUGUAUUACUAUUUGGUCAAUUUCUGCUGUAUUAUACACAUUACCUUCUAUUUUGGAAGGCACGAGCUCAGUAUAGAUUAUGAUUACUUCAUGCCAGAGUAGUUCACACCCUACAAUUUUUUUGAUUUCUGAUGUAUUGUAUUUGUACUUAUAUUUACUAAUUGAACGAAGAUCAUUUGGAUGAAAA